AUGAUUUCUCAAUUUACCUUUUUCUCUUUCGUUGAUUUGAUAUUGCAUCGUCUUUUGACUUUCCUCACCAAUUUUCUAUUGCUUUUAAAUUUCUUGGUUGCUGUCAUUGCUUUCUUAAUUGUCCUUGUCUUUGUUUACUCUUCAAUUCUGUUUAUUUUUUUUCAUCUUCUUAGAAUUAGUUUUCUUUUUCUUUUAUUUCUAAAUUCUUCCCCUCCUUCUCUUUUUAUCUCUCUCUCUGUCUUUGUCUACUUUGAUCUCCUUUUUAUUCCUGCUUCUUCAAUUCUUCCUUUUUUAGCUUUCCUUUCUUUUAUCUUUUUAUUUGCUAGUAUUACUUCUGUUUUUAUUUUUCAUUUGCUUUCCUAUUUCUUCAAUUUUGCUUACAUUACUUUUAUUGAAUUCAUUUCUUUCAAACAACUUAUUUCAUUUUCUUUCAUUAUUGGUUUUUCUUUUCAUUCACUUCUCUUUUCAUUCCUUUCCUGUCUUUUUAAUUUUGUCCUGUUGCUUCUAUACUUAUUAUUCCUAAUUUUUAUCAUUCUUUUUCAUUUUUCCAUUUCUUUGCACUGCUUUCCUCUCUUUUCUAUAUUUAAAGAACACUUGUUUCCUUCCUUUAUUUCACAUUUUUAUAUUUCUUGGUUUCCUUUUGUUUUUCUUUCAUUCUUUCUUCCUUUAUUUUUCUACAGAUUUUUUUUCUUUUUUCUGUCUAUUUCAUUUUUUUCAUUGUUUACCUUUUCCUUUAUUUUUCUACUUUUGCUUUUAUCUUUUUUCUUUUUCUUUCCAUUUUUAAUUUUUCUUUUCUUUCUAUUUUUUUCUGUUAUUUUCUUCCCCCUCUUUCAUUUUCCUUCUCUUUCCUUUAUAAGUCUUCCUUUCUGGAUUUUCUUCUCCCUCUUUCACCUUUCUUAUCUUUCCUUUAUAAAUUUUCCUCUCCUUCUUUUAUUUUUCUUCUCUUUCCUUUAUAAGUCUUCCUUUCUAGAUUUUCUUCUCCCUCUUUUAUCUUUCUUCUCUUUCCUUUAUAAGUCUUCCUUCCUAGAUUUUCUUCUCCCUCUUUCAUUUUUCUUCUUUCCUUUAUAA